AUGGCCGUCUACCUCUACCGCCUCUGGCGCUCCUGGCCCUGGAUUUCCUUCAGGCAGCUGCUGUGCUGCCUCUGCCACCGCCUCAGCGAGGGCUGCGCCUACUGCGCCAUCCUCCACGUCACCGCCCCCACCGUGGAGCGCUGCCUCGCCAUCUACUUCCCCCUCAAGGCCACGGUGGUUGUCACCAAGUGCCGGGUGAGGGCUGUCAUCAGCGUCCUCUGGGCCUUCGCCUUCCUCUCCGCCAGCCCGUUCUUCUUCCUGGUCGGUGCGGAGCAGCCUGACAACCACACCGACUUCAGCCGCGAGUGCAAGCCUGCCCCGCCCAUGGAGUCCGGCCUGCUGGCCACCAUGUUCUGGGUCAGCACCUCCUACUUCGUCCUGCCUGUCAUCUGCCUCAACGUCCUCUGUGGCUCCAUCAGCCAGGAGCCGUGGAGCAACGCCUGCCCGCGGGCCCCCGAUGUGGUCCUCCAGGAGAAGGGGCACCGCCAGACCGUCAAGAUCUCGGCUGUGGUGGUUCUGGCCUUUGUAAUUUGCUGGUUGCCUUUCCACAUUGGCAGGAUCACAUUUAUAAACACCCAGGACACCCUGACGCUGUUCUCCCAGUACUUUAAUAUAUUCGCUCUGUGUCUUUUCUACCUGAGCGCAUCCCUCAACCCUAUCCUCUACAACCUCAUUUCGAAGAAGAACAGGGCGGCAGCCUACAAGCUGCUGUUGCCACACCGAGCUGCGGAAAGGGCUUUCACCGUAACGAAAGACGCUGGCGGCUACGCAGAGACCAGUGCUAGGACAAGAAACGAGUACGCCACCAGCUUCUGA